AUGGCCGUGGAAGAGAUAUCAUCCGGGAAGGACAUCAGCUUGAGAGACAUGCAAAUCUCAGCCAUUUUGAAAAUGCUCUUUCUGAACAAGGACUCGAAUAGCGACAACAUCACCUCCAUCACGGACGACAUUUUCAACCAGCAGGAGAUCAUCUGGAAAGUCUUGAUCCUAGACAUCAAGAGCACUGCUACCAUUUCCUCCGUUCUUAGAGUUAACGACCUACUAAAAGCUGGUAUCACUGUCCAUUCCUUAAUUAAACAAGAUAGGUCUCCCUUGCCCGAUGUGCCUGCCAUAUAUUUCGUUUCCCCCACAAAGGAAAACGUUGACAUCAUUGUCAAUGACCUGAAGAACGACAAGUACUCUGAAUUCUACAUCAAUUUUACCUCAUCUUUGCCGCGAAACCUCUUGGAAGAUCUGGCUCAACAAGUCUCCAUCACGGGUAAAUCUGAUAAAAUCAAACAGGUCUACGAUCAAUACUUGGAUUUUAUUGUCACUGAACCAGAACUGUUCUCUCUGGAAGUCACAAAUGCCUAUUUGACGUUGAAUGACCCUAAAACCACGGAAGAGGAAAUAACCGGCCUGUGCGCCAAGAUUGCCGACGGUUUAUUCAACACUGUAUUGACUACCAAUUCCAUCCCCAUUGUAAGGGCUGCUAAGGGCGGGCCUGCUGAGAUUAUCGCCGAGAAAUUAGGUACGAAAUUGCGUGACUAUGUCAUUAAUACUAAUGCCUCAUCCGCUUCCAGUUUACAAGGGAACGACUCCCUGGAAAGAGGAGUUCUGAUCAUUUUAGAUAGAAACAUCGAUUUUGCCUCCAUGUUCUCCCAUUCGUGGAUCUAUCAAUGUAUGGUCUUUGAUAUCUUCAAGCUAUCAAGAAAUACCAUCACUAUUCCCUCAGAGGGUAAGGAAGAGGGGGACGAUGCUACCGCAAGGUCAACGGCAACCAAGAAAUACGAUAUAGAACCAAACGAUUUCUUUUGGAUGGAAAACUCUCAUUUGCCUUUCCCGGAAGCCGCUGAAAAUGUUGAAACGGCACUGAAUAGAUACAAGGAAGAAGCCGCUGAAAUCACUAGGAAAACUGGUGUCAGUAACAUCACAGAUUUGGAUCCAAACUCAAAUAAUGAUACGGUUCAAAUCCAGGAAGUGGUAAAGAAACUACCAGAAUUGACGGCCAAGAAAAAUACCAUCGAUACUCAUAUGAAUAUUUUUGCUGCAUUAUUGUCGCAAUUGGAAAGUAAAAGUCUUGAUACCUUUUUUGAAGUGGAACAGGAUCCUGGUAGCGCCAAGACAAGGUCUAGAUUUAUAGAUAUCCUAAAGGAUGGUAAAACGAACAACCUUGAAGACAAGAUGAGAUCGUUUAUUGUUCUUUAUUUGACAUCAACCACCGGAUUACCAAAGGAUUUCGUCCAAACUGUGGAAAACUACUUCAAAGAAAAUGAUUACGACAUCAAUGCUUUGAAAUAUGUUUACAAACUAAGAGAGUUCAUGCAACUAUCGAACAUGUCGUUACAAAAUAAAUCUUUGGAAGACGGUUCUGGCUCCAAUUUCAAACCAAGUAAUUUGUCAUUGUCCGGCAUUUAUGGCUUAACCGAGGGCAAAUUGCAAGGUGGUGUAGGAAGUUUGAUAUCUGGUAUCAGAAAACUACUUCCUGAAAAGAAAACCAUACCAAUAACAAACGUUGUUGAUGCGAUAAUGGAUCCUUUGAACAGUUCUCAGAAAAACUUGGAGACUACCGAUAGUUACCUAUACAUUGACCCUAAAAUUACGAGGGGUUCCCAUACUAGGAAGCCAAAAAGACAAUCUUAUAAUAAAUCAUUGGUGUUUGUAGUUGGCGGUGGUAACUACUUAGAAUAUCAAAACCUUCAAGAAUGGGCACACUCCCAAUUGCAUAAUCCUAAAAAAGUCAUGUAUGGUAGCACAGCCAUUACUACUCCAGCUGAAUUCUUGAAUGAGAUUUCUCAGCUUGGAGCAAGUAGCAACAACAGCAGUGAUGUAUAA